AUGGUGAAAAAGAAAGGAAAGUCCAAGCGUACGACGCUUAAGGACAAGUACAAGAUGCAACGACGCGUUCUUGAAACCAAUCGAAAACGCAAAAAGCAGGGCAAACGAGAUGCGAAGAACGGCAUUGUCAGACCCGAUAAAACCAAGCGGGAUCCGGGAAUCCCCAACUCGUGGCCUUUUAAACAAGAUCUGCUCAAAGAUAUUGCCAAAGCCAGAGAACGACAACAAGAACAAAAACAGCAGACCAAGGAACAGCGAAAGGCAGAAUUGAGAGCCUUGAGAGAACAUCAAGCACAGGGGGGAACAGCUCGAACAGUCCAAGAUUUAAUGGAACGGGCAACUCAAGAUCAACAGGUAUUUGCCGCCAAGGCUUCGGUGGCUUCUGACAGCGACAUGGAAAAGUCUGAUGGAACUGUUGCUGCUGGACAACAAUCUCGCCGGGCAUAUUUGCGCGAAUUGAAGAAAGUGGUGGAUACAGCCGAUGUCCUCUUGCAAGUCUUGGACGCUCGUGAUCCCAUUGGAACUCGAAUUCACAAGACGAUGGAAGAAAUCAUUCUUUCCAAGGCGGAUAAACGCAUGGUGUUGGUGUUGAAUAAAAUUGAUUUGGUACCCAAAGAGGUUGUUGGCAACUGGUUGACAGUGUUGAGACGGUCUCACCCUGCCAUUGCCAUCAAAGCUAGUAAUAUUCGCAAGGCGGACGAAGAAGAUGCUAGUACUUCGACCAACCCAGUCGGUAUGGAUGGUCUGUUGCAAUUGCUAAAGAACUAUGCCCGUACUGGUGGAACGGGUGGAAAGUCCAAAACAACUAUUUGCGUUGGUGUCAUUGGGUAUCCCAACACUGGAAAGUCUUCCAUUAUCAACGCCUUGAAGCGGUCUCGUGCAGUCGGCGUCAGUCCCCGACCUGGAUUCACCACCUCGAUGCAAGAAGUCGUCUUGGAUCGCAAUGUUCGUUUGUUGGACAGUCCCGGAGUCGUAUUUGAUGAUAAGUCAGCCCUGUUGGGCAACUGUGUCGAUCCCGAUUCGAUUGAUGACCCCAUUCCUCCCGUUGAUGCUUUGUUGAAGAGAUGCAAUCCUCAGAGUUUGAUCAUGACCUACAACAUCCCAGCUUUCCCCAAGGGCAAUACUAUGAUGUUCUUGGCAAUGGUCGCCAAGUCGUAUGGGCGGGUUUUGAAGGGAGGGAUUCCUGACAAGAUUGGGGCCGCCCGGUCGGUCCUGAAGGAUUGGAAUCACGGAAAGAUUCCAUACUACACAGUUCCACCUCCCGAUGCCGAACCUGAAGUUUCCAAGGGUGGUGCCACCAUUGUCACCAACUUUGGUGCUGCAUUUGACUUGUCCAAGUAUGACGACCAAGUUCUUUCAUCACUCAAGGAAAGCGAUGAAAUGGACUUUGUACAAAUGUCUGUCGAAGAUGACAAGAAGAAUACCAUGGACGAGCAAUCCCAGGAAAUGGCCAACUUCUUCAGAGGCGACAGUGAUGAAGAAAUGGACGAGGGCGAUAGUGCCAUGGCCAACCGUGCCAAGAUAGCAAAGGCAGAGGAUUUUGACUUUGAUGACUUGUAA